AACGCGGAGAACCGUUUAGGUAUCGCGUACAAGACGCGUUACGGCGAACCACUUGCCGCAAAAAGGCACUGCGCUAAAGCCCAGAGCCUCCUCCCCUCGCCCCACCUUAAAUAAUAUAAAAAUAAAUAUUCCCUUCCCGUUCUUGCCUUUCUCAUACCCCCCCGCCGCGCCCCUCUCGCCGACUUCUCUUUCGGUGGCUUACGUGGCUUCUAGAGGGGGAUUGUUGCAGCCAAAUCCGCCUGCACCUCGGCCAGGUUUUGAUCCGAACAUGGCUAACAGGCACACGAUUGUUCUAAUGCAGACAUCUCAAAACAGGGCAACUAGAACAUUUAUGGAUUAUAAUUCGAUUAGUCAAGCUAUGGAUGGAAUCUGUGGCUUGUACGAGAGGAAACUGAAGGAUCUUAAUCCAACAAUUGGAAAUAUCACUUAUGACAUCACUGAUCUUUACAACUUCAUAGAUGGGCUAACCGAUCUUAGUGCAUUGGUGUAUGAUCACUCAAUUCAAGCUUUUCUUCCAUAUGAUCGGCAGUGGAUAAAACAACGAAUAUUCCAACACCUGAAGAAAUUGGCCUCCCGCUAAGUAUCUUUGUGGAUAUUAUAGAACAUAAAAGGCAUGAAGAGGAUGUGGAUGUUAAGAAUUGUUACAAUAGAAGAUAUCUGUAUUGUGUGAAGUGUAGUUAAUCUAAAGUGCUUGCUCUUGGUGAUCAGGAACCCUUGUUGGGUUCUGAUUACCUGUCGACAUAAGCUUGUAAUGCUAACUAAAGAGGGCAGAUAUUUGGUGGUUACCACAUGGUUGUUUCCAUUUUGUUUCAAUGCUUCAUUUUUUCGAAAUUUCGGACCUUCAUGGCUUCAUCAGGUGUCUGUUAAUAUUGAUUAUGUCAGUGUUGACACUAA